GCGUCGGGCGGCGGGCGGGGCGGAUGGGACGAGCCUUCGGAGGAAGAGGUGCGGAGGGAGAGGGAGGCGGAGUUGGCGCGGCGGCUGAAGGAGGCGGAGGAGAUGGACGAGCUGGAGCGCACCGCCGAGGAGCUGCAGAGCCGGGCCGCCCCCGACGACGAGUCCGAGGAGGAGAAGCGCGAGCGCGUCCGCCGCGAGCUUCAGAAGGUGGCCAAGGAACAGGCCGAGAGGAGGGCGACGGGGAAACAAAUGUUCGAUCUGGGGCAAAGGGCUUAUGGGAAAGGGAUGUAUGGCCGCUCCAUCGAGUUCUUGGAGGCUGCACUCACAAUCAUACGCCCCUCCUCGCUCCUCGGCGGUGAGAUUCAAAUUUGGCUUGCAAUGGCAUACGAUGCCAAUAGGCGGCACAAGGAUUCCAUAGCAUUGUACAAAGAAUUGGAGAAUACACAUCCAAUGAUUAGCAUCAGGAGACAGGCAGCUGAAUUCCGGUACAUUGCUGAGGCGCCCAAGUUGAAGAUCUCCAACGAUGAGGUGGUCACGAUACCGCAAAUUGGAUCCAGCUGGGACUGGUAUGCUGGGACAUGGAGCGACAAGAUCCCAGAGCAGGAGGACAAGAAAAGAAAGAUGGUGGCCGCCGCCAGCCAACCGGAGCCUUCGACGAACGUCUUCGGCAACCUCUUCCUCCUGCGGCCGCCGGGCGAGUGGAAGAAGAGCGCAUGGGCGAUCGUCACCCUAUGGGCCGUGCUGAUCGGGACAGCGUUCUAUCUGCAGAGAUGAACAACUCCUGCAAGCCCUGAAGAGACCAUUGACACACCCAUCAUCCUCCAUGGUCGCAUGAAUGACAAGGAGAUUGCAGCAAGGGAUGUCCCGAGCCUGCACUGUCACCAACGAAGGCGAAGGCAAAUUGCAUUUGUUAUUUUAGGUGUGCUAUCCAGGGAAGCUAUACAUUUCCUUCAAAGAAAAAAAAGAAAGAAAAGAGGAAAAGUUAUACAUAUUCCCAUGUGUACUGGCAUAGCCCAGAUAAUAUUAUUUCCCCACUGAAUGUAAAUAUAACCAAUUAGAGAUGUAAUGUAACAAAAAUGCUUACUGGUCAUAUAUUGAUUCCCACGUUUAGAAAA